CUACGAACAAUCGUACAGAGGGACGACGGCCCCAUACGGACACUGCUCUGGCCCCCUCCUCUCGGCCCAGCGACCCCUCUUUGGGCCACCUGUGGCCUAUACAUGUAUGUGAUGUUUCUCUGGCUGCAUUGAGAGCUGGUCGUGAGAGGUUGACUCUUAUGCGAUUUACUUUUGGUGUAACUGUUAUUUUUCGCAAUUUUUUCGGAUAGCUUCUGGGAAAAACAGUAAACCAGUGUUUGAAGCUAGUGCCGGGAAAGAGUGGGCGAAAGGAAAGCGGUGCAAUCGUAGCAAGAUUUUCCCCAACUCGUCUUCCCCCCUUGCGUAGUGGUCACUGCAGGGAAACGGUUGUGUAUAUGUGGCUUUCUGCAGUUGCAAUAUUUCGUCUAGGAGAGCGCAAUUUCCCAUGUUUUGUUUUGUGAAUCGGUGACCAGUUCGUAGUGCCCUGAUUGAACCGUGAUAGUCGUUUUGGUGAAACUUUCCGUCGACUGCGACACGAUCGAGACGCGAUUAUCCCGCAAUCGAAUCAACUUCGGACGGCCCCUCGAGGCGUGUUAGCGGAGUGAGUGAAAUUUCUAAGCAUUCCGAUCGAACCAUAGAAAUCUUCAUCGAUAAGUGAGAAAUAUAUAACAAUAUACGAAGAUAUAAAUAUUUAUGAUUUUUUUUAAGAAAUGGAGAAACAUAAAUUUGCAUAUUUGUUUUCGAAUCAUAAAUUUUAUUGUGAGUGUGUUGACAUGUAGUGUGCCAAAGCAACAAGCAACAGAGGAGUAUAUGAUAAACAUAAAGAAAUGUCCUAUGAAUGCAUUAUUAUAGCAUGUUUAAUGUGACCCUAAUUCGAAUGGAAGUUUAAGGCAUAAAUAACAAAAAAAAAAGUUAUACAAAGGCGAAGGAAACUCAGCAAAAAAUAAAAAUAACAAAUAGAAAUACGAAGCUAUCAAAAUCAAAAACACAAUACAAAGGUGAAUUAGUGGGAAAAAUAAAGUGAAUAAAUGAUGCAGAUAUUAACAAUUUGAUGCCUAGAAAGUAUUUUCGUAUAUGUUUUUUUGGUAAUGUCAAUUUGAUUAUGAAUUGUCAUCUCACUAUAGAAUAUCAACGCAGGAUCCAUCCUGUCUGAAUUACUUCGUGAGCUACAACUGUCAUGUUUAAAUCCAGCAUAAAUGGAAAUCUUUCGUAAAGGUUAGUUGCAGGUGGUAACGAUGCAGCAUGCGAGCUUUGUGCACUGUCAGCGCACCCCUCGAGGUUUGCGCGCCACCGUCCCGCCCUCUGCCUCCGGGUACCAGAUUUCUAGCUUUAAAAUUAUUAGGAACACCACAGCCACGUACACUCUACUUCCUAGUCGAAGCAAAAAGUCGCGUCCGCGAAGUAUACGCACAAACAUGCCAUCACUUCUCCAAACAGGGCAUGCUGGACACCGAACUAUUCGGUCUAGCCGUGCUGAUAGAUGGCGAGUAUUUGUUUGCCGACCCCGAGAGCAAGCUGUCCAAAUACGGGCCAAAAAGCUGGCGCUCGUCACACACGCACGGCUUAGACGCAAACGGCAAGCCACUCCUGGAACUACACUUCCGUGUGCAGUUCUACAUCGAGAGUCCAUUGAUGCUGAGAGAUGAAGUGUCCCGCCAUAACUACUAUCUGCAGCUGAAGUACAACGCCAUCAACCGGGAUCUGCCAAAGGAGUACUCCGAGCAAUCGCUGCUUCUUCUCGGUGGCCUAUCGCUCCAAGCGGAUCUUGGUGACUUACAAGACGAGAAUGGAGUCGUCAUCGAUGGCACCAGUAGCACGAGCAGCAGCAGCACCAGCAACUCUAGCAGUGCAAGCGGAUCCACCGCUAGCACUACUAACUCUGGCAACGGAUGCGUUUUAAACAGCACUAACAACAUCAGCAGCAACAGCUGCAACAAUAGCAACAAAAGUGGUAGUCCUAGCACCAGUAGUAGCAUCAACAUCAACAACAAUAGCGGUACUAGCACUGGUAGCACCACCAAUACCAUCAGUAACAAUAACACAAACACUAGCCUCGGCAGCAAUGAAUACUUCAAGCCAGAGGAUUACAUCAACCAAUCGUUGCGUUCGGCGUGGGGCAUUUCCGCGCUCUCCUCUUGCCAUCGAGAGAACCGAGGGAUGUCCCGAGCUGAUGCUGAAACUCACUACAUCCGAGAGGCGUGCAACCUCAACGAAGCCAUCAACGCUCACGUAUUCCGGAUGAAACAAACCAAGAACGAAACCGGAAUGGGCUCGGUGUCGCUCAGCAUCUACGCGAAAGGAAUCCGCAUCGCUAUGGACAACUCCACUGCAACCACGUUCAAUUGGCCCAACAUCGGAAAGCUGAGCUUCGAUAGGAAAAAGUUUGAAAUUCGUUCCGGCGAAACGAAAAUCACGCUGUACUCGGCGAACGACGACAAGAACAAAAUGAUAUUAGCAUUAUGCCGGGAGACGCAUCAAUUUUCCAUGAAAAUUGCUCCACGUCUCACGGAAGCCAUGAAGCGAGAAGAGGAGGAAAGCAGCUGCAUACAUGGCUACCCAUACCUAUACUCUCGGGCCCUUAAUCUACCGUACAAAAGCAAAAGUGACCAACGAAUAUCGGUCAUCUCCAGCACAAGCUCGAAUACUACCUCCGGCAUCGUGAGCGAUCGAGUUCAUUCCGAAGAUGAACUGGAAAUCAUCAUUAACACGCCACCAACAGCAACACUCGCAGCCCCGUCAACGGAAAGUCUCGCCUUGGCCCAUCUACUGGAUUGCCCCAGCGUUAGCCGACAAACUUCCUCCGUUGGGCAGGUAUCAUUGAAAGAUUUGGAAGGAACUCUGGCUGCCCUGUCGAUGCGAUCCAAUACCACAAUUCGUUCGGCGUCUAGUAGCGAUGGGGCUGAAGUCAAGGAAAGAACAUCUAAAGAUUGUGAGUCAUCUCCGUCGUCGCAGCACAAUAUUGGUUCGCAAUGUUCGUCGACUUGCAGCACUGUGGUUGUUGCUACCGAUUGCAUAAGCUUACCUCAAAACACCAUCAGCGGAUCAAUCGAACGUCGCCAAACGUCAACGUGCAGCAGCCUAGAACUUGGCUACAGUCAUACUGCGCAAAACAGUACGUUGAGUGUGGCCACCAGUACCUGCAUUGACCAUGACAUCAACGAGGAAGAAGAAGAAACUAACUCUGGAGUUUACACCUUGGCUCAUGUGCCCCCCACGGAAACCAGCGGAGUGUACACGAUGAACAGCAGUGAGAUGACGGGUCAGUCUUCAGAAAUGGCAGAAUCGGAAUCACACGAGAGUUCGCACUAUGGUAGCUUCCAGCCAUGUCGAAGUGAACUAGCUGAGCCUUUGGAAGCAAUCGAUUCCGUAGAUGGUGAUUUCAGGCCUCGUUUAGACAGCGAUAUAAAUGAUUUUCGAAUGCGUUCGGACUCCAAUGUAUCCGCUGCAGGUUCAUUCAGAGGCGAUGGUAGUGAUCCAACAGAUAACAAGCAUACUCUUCUAAGCGCAGAAGAACUGACCGAUUUGAUCGUGGGACGAGGGACGUAUCCGUCGAGAAAAACAGUUAGUCAUACACUGGAUUCGGACUGCGAUUACGUGACGUUGCCAUUACCCUUGGAGGGAGAAAGUUACCUACAAGGUAGUGAGGACACUGCUCCUACGGAAGACGAAUACGAUGAUGAUGUUUUACCUCCUGCUCCUCCGAAGAGAAUCGAUAGCAAUAUGCCAACACAGCGACAGGCACUGAUGAAUCUAGUUAGCUCGAAUGAUUCUCCUCCUCCCCCUCCCCCGCCCUACAAUGCACAUCACGAAACUACCGGACUACGUGGACCAGACAUUCGUCCAGAAGAGGCACCCGUGAUUCCUCUGCGGGAUCCACCUCCUUAUCCACAGAAACCAAACACCAUAGUAAGGGAACGAACAGUUCCACCACCAGUCAUCCCCGUGUGUCCUACAUCUAGCAUACAAGCAUCCGCGAUACCAGAGGAAGUCCCCGCUCGCUUCAUUACCACUAGGUCUCAAAUUAAUAUCCUGAAGGCACAUACUAGUGUAGUCGGUGAGACUGCGAAGCCAAGCUAUGCGGCACCAACAGUUAACAACAUCAGCAAUCUGACACAGUCUGCACUUCCUACAACGGUAACGACAACUUCGACUACGCCUAGCGCUCUCGGUAUACCAGUCGUUCCAUAUCACAAAAGCAUUACCUCGCCACCACCACCAUAUCCUGAAAUGCCGAAACCACCACAUCGAACAUGCGUCUUGCUACCGGUGAUCAAACCUCGGCAAUAUCAUCCACCACCACCACCAACCAUACCGCGGCAACCCCCUCCACCCCCACCAGCUCAUUCGCUAGCUACUGUGUACACCGGCCAGCUGGCACGAUCCCAGAUCGAACUCUACCAACAACAACUAUACAGCGACGUAGACUACGUCAUCUACCCGAUCCAGGAUCCCUCGAUUAGUCAGCAGGAGUAUCUUGACGCUAAACAAGGUUCAAUACUGGCUGCAAUGGCCCAAAGUCCACCACCACCACCAUAUCUUGCCUACCACACAGUCCGAGCUCACAACCGAAGCUGGGAAGCAUGUAAGAACCAUGCCAUUUAUAGGAGCACUCCAUACCUUUCAAUGGCCCUAUCAUCGAAUUCUCGAUAUGCAUCUACCCAAAAUCUUUCCGACACUUACGUUCAACUUCCGGGAGCAUAUUCCCCCUUAUACAGCCCGUCAGUAGCUAGCCUUUGUUCAUCCUAUGAGCCUCCUCCACCACCUCCGCUACGACCUAGACCCAUAUCUAGCAGCUCAUCGUCCAUGUUCGUACGAUCUCGCUCAGAUGACAACAUUUUGAAUUCGGUCGAAAGCACACCUAAAAUCAGACGUCUACCACCUCCUCCUCCUCCGCCGCCAUACGAAUCAAGGAAAGCUACCCGAAAGCCACCGAUACCUCUUCCCACACCGGAGAAACAAACACCACCAGCUGUGAAAGCUGUAGCUACCGUAUCUAAACCCCCAGAAGUCCCAGCAAAACCCACCCCCACGAAGCCAUGCGGCCCAAGUGCAAAGCUACAGGCUCAAAUUAGGAAACAAUACCCGGACAUUGAUUUCAGCACCUCCAUCGAUAUCAGGACUUUGCGGGAAAAAAGCAAAAAUCUGGACCUUCCCCUCAUAUCUGCCCUAAUGCAUGACCGAUCGCUACUGAAACAAACUCGAGCCUUCGUAAUGCCCAAGCAUCCCAAAUCCGGAUUAAACAGUUCCCCAAAUAGCACCAAUAUCACUUCCAACACCAGCCUUAGCCAGCAGAGUCUCCAGAGCCACAAGACCAACAAAUAUCCGGUGUCAGGUCUGAGUACCACCCAGCUUGCCAAACCCCGCAAAUCGUCGAUCGUGAGUCAUAGGCACCCGAAUGAUAAGUUGCCACCAUUGCCGGGCCAAACCGCAACCGAGGGCAACAACUACGUGAUGGACCCAUCAACGCCGGCCAAGCAAAAGAGCUACAGCUCCUCACAACCCAGUGCCUGAGAUAUCAGUAUCAGUAUAACCGCUCGGCUGUUAGCCGGCCUUGCGUAGUCAUCAUCAUCGUCGUCAUUAGGGCAAAUACGAUAAUUUAACGCUGAAAACGAUAGACUUUUACAUUUGGAAAACUAUUGUGUCAUGCUAAAGCUAAGAUAGUAGAUUUUUGUCGUCUUAAUCGAGAGAGAGAAGUUUGUGUUACAUGCAUUUUUAUAAAAUGGACCUAUAGUUGUACUAUUUUCUCCUUUAGGAUAAAAAUCAAUCCAGGAAAAUCGAAAGGAAAUUUUUGGAACGAUACUUACCACUGUAAAUCUUUACCGAGCUUUUAUGAUUUUUUCGCAGAUUCCUCGUUUCUGUCUUUGCUCUUGUCUUUGUUCUACCAUUUACUGUGAACCCAUAAUCGUUCCAAGCUUUCUUACGAUUUUCUAAUCCAUAGGGCGAGCUUAAAGCAGCCGAUUAUCAGCAAGCAUCAAAAUACGCACCCAUAUUAGAUUGUUGAGGUAUCUUUCUUUAAUGGAAAUUACUCAGGAUAUUUUUUAUUAAAACAAAAGCUCUUGUUUAUUUAGGCAAAACUAGUAUUCUGCUUUAAGCGUAAGUGUAUAAACCGGUAACAUAAAACACUUGAUUACGUGGCAGCAAGUAUGAGAUUCUGUUGGAUACAAAACACUGUUUCUGGAAGAAAAAUAAUGUUUUGCUUUGAAUCCUUUCUAAAUUUUAAACAGUUUCGAAAAUAUCCAAUAAAGUUCGUGCCAAAUUCACUCGCCAAGUAGAGGAACAAUUUACAAAAUUCGUGUUGAUCGUAACGCAAAUCUCUAGAAUAGGUAAAGUAAAUUGAAUGCACACACACAUGGAGGACAAGACUAAUAUGACUUAGAUUAAAGCAACUGUAAUAAAUGAAUGCCAAGCAAUAAUUGAAACUUUCUGUUACUGAAACAUUGACAGAUAUGCUGUAUAGAUAGGAUUCAUCUGCCUUAUUGGAAAAGAAUAAAAGCCCUUGCAAUUCUGGAAAUGGGACAAAAAUCUAGAAGGAACAAUACACUCAAAGUGAGUCGCCAUAUUUAUUUGUUACUGCACGAGAUUGAGAGGAAUUCAACCGAGAAUGAGCGCGAUAGUGAAAGACAAUGAGUGUGCGGAAAACAUUUUCUUUGGGCAAACAGAUAUACCCGGUUAUACAAAAAAUAAAAGCUAGACAGGGGCAAGUUUAUGAUCAUAGUACAUUUUUGCUCAAAAUACUUACUGUAGGCAACCUUCGGUGUAAGUGGUGCACACGUGCAUUGGUUUAGGUUACGUUGAAUUUUAUUUAAAACAUUAUUUUAUUUUUACACCGAGCGAGAUGAUGGUGUGUAUUUUACUAGGGAACCACUGACAAAAGAAAAACGAGUACGAACUGUUUCUAGGGAGUAGUAAAGUAAUCGUUAUGUUUUCCUAUAGAUAUUUUUAAUAGUUUUUUUAUUAACAUUCUCUCUACUCAACACAACACAGCUAAGGUUGACUAUGUACAGAACAGGUAAGCAUGUUAAGCUACUAUUAGGUUAGACACUAUUUGAAUUUUCUUCUUUAUAAGAAAAAAUCCAUAAAAUAAAAUCCAAAAUGAAUAUAAAACAA